GAGGUGUAUUUUAAAUAAAGUUAACUUUAUUGUUUCAGGGAGCUGUCAUGGCGGCGUCCACAAGCCAGAGCCAGAGCUGGAGCUGGUUUCUCGCUUUGGCUCUCGGAGUUUCUUUCCUGAAAUGUCUACUAAUAAAUGCAUAUCACUCUACAGAUUUUGAAGUCCACAGGAACUGGCUCGCUAUCACAUACUCUCUGCCUGUGUCAGAGUGGUAUCAUGAGGCCACAUCUGAGUGGACACUGGACUAUCCUCCCCUGUUUGCAUGGUUUGAGUUUGGAUUGUCACACAUCGCCAAAUACUUCGAUACGAAGAUGCUGGUUGUUGCCAACCUUAAUUACGCCAGUCCUGCUACAGUGUUGUUCCAGAGACUUUCUGUCAUCAUCACUGAUGUGAUCUUCAUUUAUGCAGUUAAAGAAUGUUGCAAAUGUUUACGGGAAGACAAAGGAAAGGAACUGCUGGCGAAGCCGUCUUUCGUCCUCGCCACACUGCUGCUGUGGAAUUGUGGUCUUCUUAUUGUUGAUCAUAUUCAUUUCCAGUACAACGGCUUCCUUUUUGGAAUUUUUCUCCUGUCAGUCGCACGACAUCUUCAGAACAGAUAUUUCGAGGGUGCCCUGCUGUUUUCCAUCCUCUUAAACCUAAAGCACAUAUACCUGUACAUUGCACCUGCAUAUGUAAUCUUCCUGCUGAGGUGUUUCUGCUUCACACAGAAUAACACAGACGGUUCAGUGAGGUGGAAGAGUUUCAGCCUUUUCCGUUUAGUGGCUCUCGGAUUAAUUGUUCUGUCCACCUUUGCUGUGUCAUUUGGACCCUAUGUUAUGCUGGGUCAAAUUCCACAAGUCCUUUCCAGACUCUUCCCUUUCAAGCGUGGGUUAUGUCACGCCUACUGGGCUCCUAAUAUCUGGGCGCUGUACAACAUCGCAGACAAAGCUCUGUCUGUCCUGGGUGUAAAGUUCAAACUGCUUGACCAGAACAAACUUCCCAAAGCCUCUAUGACUGGAGGUUUGGUUCAGGAAUUUCAACACUCAGUUCUUCCACCUGUGUCUCCUCUAGUGACACUUGUCUGUACAUUACUGUCGAUCCUGCCUGUUCUGUUCAAUACAUGGCGGAGACCUAAUGGAGCCCGUGGUUUCCUGCGCUGCAUUAUUAUUUGUGCUCUCGGAUCUUUCAUGUUUGGGUGGCAUGUCCAUGAGAAGGCCAUUUUAAUGGCAAUACUUCCUCUAAGCUUGCUAGCAGUGGAAAGUAAGGAAGAUGCUCGAAUCUUUCUGAUCCUCAGCACAACAGGCCAUUUUUCCCUCUUCCCACUCAUCUUUACAGCUCCAGAGCUGCCCAUCAAAAUUCUAUUUAUGCUGAUGUUUACAAUCUUCAGUUUUACCUCACUCAAGAAGCUUUACAGCAGUAAAUCUGGCUGGUUGGUGAACUCGGUGGAAGCUGUGUAUCUCCUAGGCCUGGUUCCUCUGGAGCUCGUCUGUGAAAUUGUUUACCCACUGACACACUUGCAGCAGUCACUUCCGUUCAUCCCACUGCUCCUCACCUCUGUCUACUGUGCGCUAGGUGUGGUGUACUGCUUUAUCAGACUCUACCUGUCAGUCUUCACUGCUCCCAGCAGCAAAGUGAAAACUCAGUAACGUGUGGAGGCUGUAAAGACACUGGGAUGUUUUAUAAUUCUGAGGUGGACUUACAUUUUGUUUACAAUUUUUUUGAUCAAAUUUUACUUUGGACCAAUAAAAAAGAUUUUGAGGAGUGUAAUUGUAUAUACAUAAUCAUUUUCUACUGAAUGCAUUAUUUUAAUUAAAGAAUUAUACUCUCAUCUUUCUUUAAUCUUUUUCUAGUUUUAUUUUA